AUGCUAGGUUCGUCCUAUAAAUGGGCCAAAGAGACGGUGGGAGGGUUACUUGAGAAUUUGAGAGCAAACGAGCUUGUGAGAGGCGAUUUCCGGUUCCAUGUUUUCAUUUUAUUUGAGGGAGAAUCGGUAUCAAAAAGCUCGACUGCAGGGCUUGGUAGUGCUGAUUCCGAAGGAGCCAAAGGGGUAGGGGGUGCAGAGGUGUCUACCGAUUCGGGGAGCACUUCGAGUGUCAAGGUGGUUGAGGUUAAUAAAUCUCAACCAUCGACAUCUGGUCGUCGAGUCGGGGCGAUCGAGGCUGGUGCAUCAAUUGUCGAUCCCAAGGAGGGUGUGCUGACUGUGCUGAAUUGGCCGUUGGAGUCUUUGAGCAAUCCGGACGGUGAGGUGGUUUUCUUCACCGAUGCCUUCAAACAUGGGCUUCGGCUGCCGUUGAGGCAUUCGAUGCAGAAGAUCCUAGCUCAAAUUGGUUAUGCUCUGGGGCAGUUUAAUCUGAACUUCUGGAUUACAUUACUUGGAAUGAUUACGGCUUUCGGCAUAGCCGAAGGGGAAGAGCCAAGCUAUGAGAAGUUCGCCCACCUCUACAGCAUGACGAGGGCGAAGAGUGCCGAUCAAGGGGUGGGUGCAGUCAAAUUGCCUUUCGGCAGGUCAGCGAGGGCACUUCGUUGUCUGGCUGCCGAGCUCUCAGAAGACCUGAUGUCGGCGUCGGGUGCUGGUUUCCUGAGCUUAGGAAUCGGCGCCGGGGGUGGUUGUGGAGAGGCACAUCCUCACGGGCUUUCAAACAGUCGUGUCCUUGAAAUGGCCGAUCACAACAAAGAGGGAAGUGGAAGUAAUCGAGCGUGUUCAGUAGAAAAUUGCUGA